AUGUCGAUUACUUGGGAUCUGACCAUCUCUUGUCGCAGACGUAGCUCGGUGUCGUCCCCAGCCAUCACAGCUGUAACCCCACCCCACUUCGCCAUUUCCCCUUUGACCAACAACACUUCAACUCCAUCUAGUGAAGAUGUUCGGCCAAUAAACGCCUCGCCCGUAUUCAGACCACCGUCACCGACCCCUCGAUUCAAUGGCUUCUUUACAUCAACCGAAAGCUCGCUUUCACAACUAUCUAACAAUGUCCCGAUAAACAAUACCACGUCUAACCCAACACGGGUCUCUGUUCAAUAUGGCCUUCCUCGCAAUCUGCCUCCAGCACCUCGACCAGUAGCAACUCGCUCUGUAAAAUCAACUCCCACAUCCACACCUUCACCAGACUUUGCAGCGAUGCGCAACAACUACUUGACCAUGCUUGCAAACAAGUCAACCCCCGAUACCCCGGCCUCCACGGUCGCACCCUCGGCGCUGAUCAGCGCUGAGGAUGCCCAGGCGAAGGCCUUCAAGGCCAUCGCUGAGCUCACAGCGUCGCCUGAAUUCCAGAGCCUCGGCGACCACUUCCCCAACGACUUUGGCGGUGGUGACGAACCGUUGAUCCCGUUCACUGCUACGUUUGAUGAGUCGCCACUCUUUGGCGAUGCCUCGCCUUUCCUCACUUCUCCCCACGACUCGAUACUCGAUGACUUUGGCACCAGCCCGAUGGACACCCCCUUCAGCGAGUUCCUGUCCACCCCAUUGAUGGGCAUGGAGGACAACUUCAUGGAGAGCCCGCUUAUUCGAUCCAACGACACACUGUUCGGGUUUGAAGAGGCGCCAGUUGUAGAACCUCCCCCCAACAAGCUGUCGACAUUCAGCCCCAGUACUCCCAUGAUGGACUCUAUGGAUUCUCCCCGUCCUACCGUCCGUCGUCGAAAUGUCACGGGUACCCGCAAAAACCUGACACCCGACUCGCUCAUCUCGAUGGACGCGCCAACUCAGAAGCGCAGCUACACUGCUCCGAGUGUAACUUCUCGCAAGGCCCUCCCAGCUGGCUUCAUUCGCAAACGCGGGUUCAAUGCAGCGUUUGGCGUUGAUGAGACCGACGAAGUGCUUCCCGAGCUGUCCCCCACGGCCACUGAGCAGGAGCAAAUCGAGUGGAAGCGGCGCCAGAACACACUCGCUGCCCGCAAAAGCCGGAAACGCAAGCUGGAGCACCAGCAGGGUCUCGAGGGGCAAAUCGACGACCUGAAGAGUCAAGUGACCAUGUGGCGCGAGCGCGCGCUGAUGGCGCAGGAAAUGCUUCGUGCCGCUGGGAUCAAGUUCAAUGUGGAGGCCAUGGGGACGUAA